GAAAGUAGUCCGACCUGUCAACGUUUGGCUGUUAAACCGGCUGCCUUUCAAUGUAAAGCGCUUAUAAGGAAACAUGGGGCUCCGGCUGGCUGGAUGAACAUAAGAAAUCCCGCGGGUCAAUAGUGGGUGAGCGGUGGGAGAGAUUUCAGAGGACAUGGAUCGACAAAUUGAACAGGCUGUAUGUGAUGAGGACACAAUGUCUUCCACCUCAGUGGGAAUGUCAGAUCUGUCCGAUGAGAUCCUGCUGUGCAUUCUCCGCCAUGUUCCAGUCUGCAGCCUGCUGGUGAAUGUUGCAAACGUCUGCCACAAGCUACACACUCUGUGCCAUGAUAAGACCCUCCUCGCAAAUGUCAGCCUGUCUGAGGAGUAUCUGGCUGAUGACUUGUUGGUUCGGGGCAUACUGAAGCAGCUAGCCAAUCAUGUGCAGUCCCUCAGCCUGAAUGGUUGCUACUGGCUGUCUGGAUCUACAAUGGAGCUUCUUGCUCGCUGCAGAGGAGUGACGCACCUUGAUGUCACUGGGUGUCGAAUUACUUCACUUCGUCUUUCCCGACUCCUCUCUUCCCUCUCUCUCCUUAGAUCACUUGCUUUUGAUGUGACACCAGGCUUUAACUCCGCUCACUUCAGUUCAGAAGCAGUGGGUUCCCUGAGCCGCCUGUCGGAGCUCAGGCAGACACUGUUGACUCCAAGUUAUGGUGUGGUGCCGUGCUGUGCCCAGCUUCGCAAGCUGAUGCUUCAGUUUGACAUCCCCGAUGUGACCAGAGAGGGUGUGGGGGUUUGCUGUCAGUUGAUGGUGGGCCAGAGCAGUGUGCCACAUUACCAGCAGCUGGAGGAGUUCACAGCAAGACUGGCUCCCGGAGAGGUGAACCAGACAUUGCUGCUGCUCUACCUUGCUGUGUUCAGCGUUCACGUUCCGAAGCGUCUCCGAGUUUUCCUGGUGUCAAUUCCUGGUCCAAAUCCAGCUCACUGGCCAGCCGCUCCCUCGCUGGCCCAGAGUUUGGGUCAGCACGGAGACCUGGAGGCCCUGCAGCUCCCUCGCUCCUGGCUGGAUUCUUUGUCCCUAAAGCGAGCCCUGGAGGGAAACAGUCCCAAACACCUCAGCUUCAGCCGCUGCCCAGCGUUGUGGCCUCAGGUGUUUCAGUCAUUACUGGAGGGCGGUGUCAAAGAUACAAGUCAGCUGAUCAGCCUGAACCUCAGCGGGAUCAAUCAAGUCCUUUACUCAGAGUGCAGGAGUGCUGACGAUCAGCUGACUCCUGGGACAGUGAGCCAGCUGGCAGCUGUCUGUUCCAACAUCAAACACUUGAACUUGAUGCACACGCACUAUCACCACGAAAACUCACCUGGACUAUCUGGAGAAGCUCACCUGUGUGCCAGCUUGGCCAAAUUCCCAUGCCUACAGUCUCUCACUCUGCCUGUUUGCGCUCUGUCAGAUGGGAUAAACACACAUCAGGUCUCAACAAACAACACGUCUCCUUCUGCGUUGCUCCUGGGGUUAAAGAAGGCGCCUCGUGUUGGGCUGCAGAACUACAAACUUGACUCUGAGUCGUCUCUGUCACGGGACAGCACCUCAGGGCUCUCUCAACUCUUAGCUGGUUGCCAUGUUUUACAGACGCUGGAGCUCAUCGGUCCAGGUUUUGUCUCUGCGCUGCCUCGGCUCGAGCCCUGCUCUCGUGCUAGUGUGGAGCCUCGUGGGAUGUGUGCGUGGGCACGAGGGGUCGGCGACUCGCAUUUAGCAGCACUUGAGGCUUUGCCUUGUUUACGCCGCCUGACUCUGGCUGGGCUUCCUGGGGUCCUUAGGGGGACAGGGUUGGUUCAGCUGACCAGGCAGUGCAAAGACUUACGGAUACUAUCACUCGCCAACAUUGGCUCAUUAAAAACAAUGAACUACACAUCUGCCCUGCUGGAAACACUUAAACAGUGCACACAGCUACAGGAACUCAGGUUAGAGCAGCCUUACCUGAAUGCCAACAUAUCAUUCUUUGAGGCUCUCUCUUGCUGCUUGCGUCUGCAGCGUCUCUGCCUCAUCUCACGCAGCGGUACCUUUGACCCAGCAGCCACAGAAACCUUCAUGGAGCGAUGCUGCCAUGUCAUCAUGUGCCACAUGUUUAUGGGCGGCACCUUGGUGGCUUGUCGCACACUUCAGAAAACACUGCUGGACAGAUUUACAUUUGAGCGCUCGGCCCUGAGCGUGGUCAUCUAUCCGCUACAUCAUGAAGAUCUGCCCUCAGUCAUCAGAGACAUCCCUCUCACUCUUCUGGACAGAAUAACUUUGUUCCAGAGCCAUGUGGCCCAACCACCACAUUUAUCACCAUUGUGACCUCACAGGAAAGCUUCACAGUGAUUGGUGCUCACACUCACAGGGAUUUCUUAUUGUGUUAUUUGUUACAUCAUCAACUGAACCAGGCUGCUCAACUACAACACAUCUACCAUGAUUGUUUACAUGUUUAUGUCAGAGUUAAGUUAUGGCCUUUAAAAGGGAAGUUUUUAUCUCAUUGAUCCAGGACAUUUCUCAUUAGGUGCCAUUUGACUUUCUCAAGGAUAGUAUCUCAGUUAGAAUUCAUUUCUGCUAUUAAACAUGUGUGCUGUUGAAAUAUGAAGUGCCAAAAAAUGAAUCAAAGGUUGUAUUUGUUCAUAAAGCCUGUAAAAGACAACUGACUCAAAUGAUUUAAUAAAAUCCAUAUAUAUGAUUUUUAA